UGACAUCACAUUGGAUUUCCAAUUCCAUUCCAUUUAGUUUUAUUUUAGUUAUAGAUUUUAAAGGUUGUGUUAUAAGUUUAGUUAAAAAGACAAAAUGGAAAACAAAGAAGAUUUUCAAUAUCCUCAUACAUUCGUUCUACUGGGAGCAUCAGGUGAUCUUGCUAAAAAGAAGAUUUAUCCCACGAUAUGGUAUUUAUACCGAGACAAUCUUCUUCCAAAAAACACGAGGUUUGUUGGCUAUGCUCGAACUAAACAAACAAUUGAAGAUGUUCGAGAGAAAUCAAAAAAAUAUAUGAAAAUUAGACCUGGCGACGAGGAAAAAUUAGAAAAAUUUUGGGAAGCUAACGACUAUGUCGCCGGUUCAUACGACAAAAGAAUUGACUUUGAGUUUCUAAAUCAACAUAUCAGUAAGCACGAAAAAGAACUAGUAGCGAACAGGAUUUUUUAUUUAGCAGUACCACCUACAGUAUUUGAAGAUGUUACAGUUAACAUUAAGAAUGCAUGUAUAUCAAUUAAAGGUUAUACAAGGGUCAUUAUUGAAAAACCUUUCGGUCGCGACGACGAAUCCUCGGAUAAACUAAGCAAUCAUUUAUGUGGGUUGUUCAGAGAAGAACAAAUUUACAGAAUUGAUCACUACCUCGGCAAAGAGAUGGUUCAAAACUUAAUGACUAUUAGAUUUGCAAAUCAAAUCUUUAGCCCUUCCUGGAAUAGGGAAAACAUUGCAUCAGUGCUUAUUUCAUUUAAGGAACCAUUUGGUACUGAAGGUAGAGGUGGAUAUUUUGAUGAUUUUGGUAUUCUCCGUGAUGUUAUGCAAAAUCAUCUCUUACAGAUCCUGUCUCUUGUAGCUAUGGAAAAACCAGUAACUCUGUGUCCCAAUGACAUAAGAGAUGAAAAAGUUAAAGUGUUGCGGCACAUUAAACCUAUUGAGUUAAGUGAUCUAUUAGUUGGACAGUAUAUUGGUGACCCUAAUGGUCAAGGUGAAGCAAAGUUAGGUUAUCUGGAUGACCCAACUGUACCUAAAGAUUCAGUUACACCAACAUAUGCAGUUGCUGCAUUAUAUAUUAACAACUCUAGGUGGCAAGGAGUUCCAUUCAUUCUGCGUUGUGGUAAAGCUCUUAAUGAGAGGAAAGCAGAAGUCCGAAUUCAAUAUAAGGAUGUACCUGGUGACAUAUUUGAAGGACACACUAAGCGCAAUGAGCUUGUGAUUAGAGUACAACCUGGAGAAGCCUUAUAUUUAAAAUUAAUGUGCAAAUCACCUGGUAUGAAGUUUGAUUUAAUGGAAACAGAACUAGAUCUCACAUACAGUAUGCGAUACAAGGAGACUGAUGUUCCUGACGCUUAUGAAAGGUUAAUUCUGGAUGUAUUUACUGGAACCCAGAUGCAUUUUGUAAGAAAUGAUGAGCUGAAAGAAGCUUGGCGUAUAUUUACACCGGUCCUUAAACAAUUGGAAGAUCAACAUAUAAAACCUGUUCCUUAUGUUUAUGGGUCUCGGGGACCACCAGAGGCAGAUGAAAAGCUAGCACAUUAUGAUUUUAAAUAUUCUGGUUCCUACAAAUGGCAAAAGCCAACACUUUCUUAAAGAUUUCUACUUUUACUGCAUUUGGUGAUGGUGUUCCUUUCGAAGGUGUGUAUUUAUAAUAAAAUAAAAAUAAUGUUGCAUAAUAUUAUGAAACUCAAAUGCUAUAGACACUGAUAUUAUGUAUUGUAAGUAAACAUUCCAUUUUUUGAUAGUUACAUGCAAAAUUUUCCAAAGGUCAUUUUAAGGUCAAUGAAGUUAUAAACUAUGAAUAUCAGCAUUUUCUUUUCUAAGUUUUAUAGUAUUAAUUAAAAUUAAUGAAUAAAUGAAUAAUUUCAUAUAA